GAAAAAAAAAGAACUCCUUACACUUACAGGCUGUAGUUUAGUAUGUUUCUGAAACCGUUUAUUCUUUGAAUCUGGAGUUGGUUCCCACACCAACAUCAACGGGGGAAACAAACAGAAACAAAGAAAAUCGUACUUUUUAUUUUCUCUCCCAAUUUUCUUUCCAUCCAAACAGCUACAUUGACUGAUCUGUAAACUCAAAACAGAUCAGGAAUAAAAAUGAGUGUGAUCGAUAUAUUGACAAGAGUAGAUGUGAUCUGCAAGAGGUACGACAAAUACGACGUCGAAAAGCAGCGAGACCAAAAUGUCUCCGGCGACGAUGCCUUUGCUCGCUUAUACGCCGCCGUUGAAGCCGACAUUGAAUCUGCUCUUCAGAAAGGGGAGCUUGCUUCGAAGGAGAAAAGUAAGGCAUCUGCUGUUGCAGUGAAUGCUGAGAUUCGUCGAACCAAGGCUCGAUUGCUUGAGGAAGUCCCUAAGCUGCAGAGAUUGGCUGUUAAGAAGGUUAAAGGGAUUUCAACAGAAGAGCUGGCUGCUCGUAACGAUCUGGUCCUUGCAUUGCCAGACAGGAUUCAAGCUAUACCCGAUGGAACUUCUGCUCCUAAACAAACCGGAGGCUGGAUGUCUUCAGCACCUUCAGCUUCUCGUAAUGAAAUUAAGUUUGAUUCAGAUGGAAGAUUUGAUAAUGAAUACUUUCAAGAAUCUGAGCAGUCAAGCCAAUUCACGCAGGAGUAUGAAAUGCGGAGAAUGAAACAGGACCAAGGUUUGGAUAUGAUUUCAGAAGGUUUGGAUACUUUAAAGAACAUGGCUCAUGAUAUGAAUGAGGAAUUGGAUAGGCAAGUUCCUUUGAUGGAUGAAAUUGACACCAAGGUGGACAAGGCUGCUGCUGACCUUAAGAAUACCAAUGUUAGACUUAAAGAUACUGUCAAUCAGUUGAGGUCCAGCCGAAAUUUCUGUAUUGAUAUCGUCUUGUUGUGCAUAGUUCUGGGAAUUGCUGCCUAUUUAUACAAUGUUCUGAAGAAGUGAAGUGAUAAAAGGAUGCAUUGAUGCGUUUCACUUUUAUGCUGUCGGCCUUUUUUGGUUUUGUCUUUCAUUUGGAGGACUUGCUCUCGUGCUUGAUCUUGUAUUUGAUUUGUUUCUUAUGUGGGAGUCAUUGUUCACACAGUUAAAAUGUGAGUUUAUCUUUCUAUACAAAAUUCAAGAACUUCAAUCUUUGUAUAUGAUGUAAGUUGCAGAGAUUUGAUCACAUUAGUUUGAGGUGUUUCUUCUGCCUUAAUGUC